AUGGACGAAACUGACAGUGUUUUGGUCGACAACAUCAAGUCUUUCGCCGCCGGUGGCUUUGGUGGUAUCUGUGCGGUGUUGACGGGGCAUCCGUUCGACUUGGUCAAGGUCCGUUUGCAAACUGGUGUCUACAAUACCACUGCUGAGUGUAUCAAGGGUACAUUGAAGGAUGGACCUCUUGGUUUCUACCGUGGUGUCAUGCCUCCAUUGUUGGGUGUCACGCCAAUGUUUGCUGUGUCGUUCUGGGGUUAUGACAUGGGUAAGAAGCUUGUGUCUGGCUACACAGGCGUCAAGCCCGAGAACUUCAGUGUAGGACAGAUUUCUACAGCUGGUUUUAUCUCGGCCGUCCCGACCACAUUGGUUGCUGCUCCCUUCGAAAGAGUUAAGGUGAUGAUGCAGAUUCUGAGUGGAAAGUCGUCUAUGGGCGGUGUCAUCGCUGAGAUGUACCGUACUGGAGGUAUCAGAUCGAUUUUCAAGGGUUCUGUGGCCACCUUGGCUAGAGACGGUCCAGGUUCUGCGCUUUACUUCGCUACAUACGAGGUUGUCAAAGAGAAGUUAUCUACCCCAGGUCAGGACUUGUCGUUGUUUGCGGUGUCCAUGGCUGGUGGAUGUGCUGGUGUUGCCAUGUGGCUCGGUGUUUUCCCAAUUGACACCAUCAAGUCCACGCAACAAUCUUCCAAUACCAACAUCUCCAUUUCCACUGCAACCAAGAACAUCUAUGCCAAGGGAGGAAUCAAGGCCUUUUUCCCUGGUGUUGGGCCAGCAUUGGCUAGAUCUUUCCCAGCAAACGCAGCUACAUUCGUCGGAGUGGAGCUUGCUAAGAACUUCCUUAACAGUGUUUAG